AUGUACCCUGACUACAGGCCCUUUCUUACCGAUGUGAAUCGUGAUGGUCAGAACUCUGCCAGUAGACGUGCGCGAGAUGAGCUGGUGCGUAAAGUGUUUAAGCCUCUUCUCAGCAUUGUAUCCAAGUCCUACGAAUGUCGACUGAAGGGGCAAGGAGCGACCUUUGUGGAAACUACCAGUCCUUUCACUGCGGCCGCGCUGGGAGAGGUUUCUCCUGUCAAAGAGAAGGUCUUUCGGGGCAGCAGAAGGCAGCCUCCAUCACCCGAGCAGGUCCAGCAAGUCAUCAUUAUCCAGGGGUACGACGGCGAUUUUGCCAUUGAUGCCUCUGUGGAGGAGACGGCUGCAGCCACCCUGCAGACACUGGCCAUGGCCGGCCAGAUGGCGCGGGUGGUGCACAUCACUGAGGACGGGCAGGUCAUCGCCACGAACCAGGGCGGCCCGCACGUGGGCGGCGUGGCGCCAGGGCAGAUCCUCUCCGAGCAGCUGGCAGAAGGCGCCACACAGGUCGUCGUGGUGGAGAGCACCGUGACGGGGCCCGAGGUGGACCAGGCCCUUCCUAUGGAGGCAGUUCCUGACGCCAGCAGUGCCGUGCUGCAGCAGAUCAUGAAGCAGGAGGUUUUAGAUGCAGCUGAGGCUGCGGGGCAUCCUCCAGAUGCCUCCUCAGCACUGGACGCCCUGCUCUGUGCCGUGACGGAGCUGGGCGAGGUGGAAAGCAAGUCUGGACUCCUUGACAGAAGCAGGGCUAGUCACAAAGAUUUCUUACAAAUGCCAAAUCCAGAGACGGCCAAUGUUCCCAGUGACUCCGAGGGACAAGAAAUACAGAUGUUCCAUGGAGUUCAAGAGCCUCAGGAAGAUGCCGAACCCAUGGAAGUAGUGACGCAGGUCGUGCACCCAUCGGCUAUAAUUGCAUCUCAGGAGAGAGCUCAGGCUGCCUUCAAGAAAAUGGUGCAAGGAGUGCUCCAGUUCGCUGUGUGCGAUACAGCCGCGGCCGACCAGCUCAUGAAGGAAGGUGUCACUCAAGUCAUCGUAAAUGAGGAAGGCACUGUGCACAUGGUAGCCAGAGAAGGCUCCCAGAUCAUUAUGCAGGAAGCCGCUAGCCACACGCUCAGCAUCCAGAGCGAGCACAUGGAUUUAGUUGAUUCAGAUGGGCAAAUAUCGCAGAUUAUUGUCACGGAGGACAUGGUAGCUCAAGCCAUGGCCCAGGCUCCCGAGGGCGGCUUCUCCGACGGCACGACCCACUACAUCGUCACGGAGCUGCCGUCGGAGGUGCAGCAUGAGCCCGGCGUCUACUCGCACUCCGUGCUGGAGGCGGCCGAGUCGCCGGCGGUUCUGCAGGCCGGUGCCGCUCUGACGGGCCCGAGAGAGCGGCCCCGCGCGCGCCCUGCGGCCUGCGCGGCAUCGCGCAACCGACCGCGUUGCGGGCACCUACUACAGGGGAUUACUCAGAAACAAGCAUAUAAGGGCACAAAAAACGAUAAACAUCCCCCCCAAAUAGUUAACUUACUGGUGCCCUCCCCGGGAUACCGCGAGCCGGGGCUGCCGCAGGGCCCACCACGGCCCAAGUUUCUCCAACUCGUCCCCAGCACCCGCCUUCAGGCCGGGCCUGGGCUCCCAGCUCUGCGCCGUGCCCAGAGCUGGGCCGAGAGCGCACGGAUGGACCCACGGAUCUGCCGACCUCUUCCCACCGCCCUGUGCCUGCGGCAGAGGCCGCGCGGCGGGAGGGGGGGGGCUUUUGAGGAGGCCCAGGGGGCUGGGCAGCCUCCUGCGGCGCUGGCUUCGUCUGCGGGCAAAGGGAGUGCCAAGCUCCAAGGGAAGCGGGGGUCCGAAGUGCAGCCUUCCCACGUCAGGGAGUUGCCUUCUGACAGUCUGGCUGCCAGAGCCCCUGGCGUUAAUUUCCUCAUGGUUGUUCGCUGUGAUUAA